GUCACAGGUGGCUGAAGUGUGGGAACACCAUAGCCUUUGAGAUUCCCACGAUCAAAAGCGCACAGCACAGGCCCGUUUAACUCACUCUACACACCUGGGUGAGUUAUAAAAGCCGAGCCCCUUCCAUUUUCACAUUCAUUCACGGUUUAACCGUCGAGUUGUUCAGUGCUAAAUAACAUUCUGUCCGCUUAGCGCGCGUAUUAAGUUUUGACGUGUAUUUUAUUUACUAUGUCUUACGAAAUGAUGACUGCGACUAACGUCGAGGAAUCUCAACCGAUUUCUCGGACGUAUCAAUAUAGAAAAGUGAUGAAACCGAUGCUGGAAAGAAAAAGAAGAGCCAGAAUAAAUCGUUGUUUGGACGAAUUGAAGGAACUUAUGGUAACCGCUCUACAGAGUGAAGGUGAAAACGUAUCGAAAUUGGAAAAAGCCGAUAUUUUAGAAUUGACGGUUCGUCAUUUACAUAAACUAAGAAAACAACAAAGAUUAUCGACGAAUCCAAUUAUAGACGCUGACAGAUUCAGAGCCGGUUAUACACAUUGCGCUAAUGAAGUUUCUAGAUGUCUGGCUUCGACUCCUGGCGUCGAUAUUCAAUUGGGUACGAAAUUGAUGACGCAUCUCGGACAUCGUCUCAACGAAAUGGACAAAGUUUCACCUUUAGUUAUACAAGUGAGUUCCCCUUACACGCCUCCUGGUUCUCCGAAUUCAGAAAGUGAAGUGCCUCAUCAUUACAUCAUGCCUUUGACUCCAGCUUCUUCGAGUUCGUCAAGAUGUAGUCCAUCCCCUAACCAACCUAUGGAUUGUUCUACGGCUGGGUUAUUAAAAGUUGCUAAAAAAGAAGAAGUAUGGAGACCGUGGUGAAAUUUCGACGACUUAUUUUUUUGUAAAUAUUCAAAAAAUCUCACUUCUGUUGUCUUUCGUUUUUCAUUUUUUCGUUGAAAGAAAAAAAAUCAAUUGCUCAAUUGCUUUAAAUAUAGUUUUAAUACUUAGUUUAAGGAAAGAUCUCUAACGAUUUUUGAAAAGCUUUAACGUUAAGAAGUAUGUAGAUUUUAACAUUUUUCUAUAAAUAUAUUUGUGAUAUUCUUGUUGGUACCUGUGAUUUUGAAAGCAAUUUUAAUCAAAACAAAAAUGUUAUGACAAGUUCGAUAGUUUUUCUUUGUAAUAGCGCCACUGUGAUACAGUUUUUUUGUAUUUUCAUAAAAAAAAAAACUUGAAAAUAAAUAUUAUUUGUUACAAU